UCUGCAGCGUCGCUGAGCUGGUGCAGUGCAAGACACUCGCUCAUCCUCACCGAUGGUCUGCAGAACAAGGGGGACUUUAAACAUUUUUUACAUCUGAAACAAACAAAAAAAUCUUGAAAAAAAAUAACAAAACAACAAAAAAUCCAUCAUGAGCUACGAUCCUUAUAUCUCCUACCGCCGCACUUGGGACAGCUACCGAGGCUCUUCUCGACCUUCCACCACCAAAUCCUUCAUGUACUCCCCUCUCUACUCCUCCUCUUCCUCCCGAGCCCUGGGCCUGGCGGCUGGGAAGCAGCGUCCACCCUCUUCCUCCCUGCCGGAUGCAUCUGCACGGAUGGACCUGGCCGAGGCCUCCAGCCUCAACACAGAGCUGCUGGGGCUCCGCAGUCAGGAGAAGGAGCAGCUGGUGGGCCUCAACGACCGCUUCGCCACCUACAUCGACAAGGUGAGGCGCCUGGAGCAGCAGAACCGGGCCCUUCUGGCAGAGCUGGAGGCUCUCAGGCGGAGACAGAGGGACCCGUCUCGUCUUCAGGUCUACGAGGGUGAAGCCCGGAGCCUCAGGGCUGCAAUCGACCAGAAGACAGGAGAUAAGAUGCGCAUGGAGGCAGAGAGGGACUACCUGAAGGACGUGUACGGGCAGCUGAAGGAGCGCUAUGAGGAGGAGGCGCAGUGCCGCGCGGAUGCGGAGGAGGCCCUGCAGAGGGCCCGGGAAGAAGUGGGGCGGGCCAUGCUGUGUAACUGCGAUGCAGAGGCCAGCGUUGUCUCCCUGGCCGAGGAGAUGGGCUUCCUGAAGAAGGUGUUUGUGGAGGAGCAGGCAGAGCUGCAGGCCCAGGUUGUGGCAGCUAACGUGUGUGUUGACAUGGAGGUGAGCAGACCAGACCUGUCUGCGGCACUCAAGGAGAUCCGGGCGCAGUACGAGCGGCUGGCCAAUAAGAACAUGCAGGCGGCCGAGGACUGGUACCGGGGGAAGUUUGAGUCCGUGGCGGAGAUGGCAUCGAAGAACAACGAGGCGGUGCGCUCCAUCCGGGAGGAGACCAUGGAAUACCGCCGGCUGCUCCAAUCACGCUCCUCUGAGAUCGAGGCCCUGCGGAACGUCAUCGAGUCGCUGAACAAACAGCUGGAGGAGCUGGAAGAGCACCAGGGGGAAGAGGUCACGAAGUACCAGGUGAGGAUAAACGAUCUGGAGUGCGACAUCAACGAGGCAAAGCAGGAGAUGUCUCGCUACCUCAGAGAGUACCAGGACCUUCUCAAUGUUAAAAUGGCUCUGGACAUUGAGAUCGCAGCAUACAGGAAACUGCUGGAGGGAGAAGAGUUCAGGCUGACCUUCUCUGCCCUGAACUAAAUCCUCUUCACACUGAACCCCAAUUACCCCGAUAUCUCAAUAGCCUAUACCCUAACCUACCAUACUCUUUAGUCUUAUUGCCCUACCAUUGGUCCUCCU